UUGUCAGUGUGUCCGCCGACACCGCCCUGUACGCUUUUCGUUGUUUGUUUGUUUGUUUGAUGUGAAUUGUGCGAAGAAUGCGCGUCAAAAUGAGAGAGAAUUGGAACUCCAUUCGUCUGGCAGUGACCAAAUGGCCUAACUCUGUUCGUCUUUCAAUUGCCCAGGCUAUCGAAGAGCGUCGACUAGAAGCAGAAGAUCCGAAUCAUUCCAAGAUCUUUACCUUUGCCUGGCCAUCAGCAUCUUCGUCCAGUAAUCGCAGUAGCACGACCAGGAGCAAAGCUGGUCGUCCAGUCACAUCUUGUAGCAACAACCAGGCCAGCAGCAGGGCAAGGUGUACGUUCCGGCGCUAUUGGACUCAGCUCCAGCGUUUGCUCUUUGACGAAGAGUCUCUGCCGCCCUCGCCGUCACCUGCCAGGAGGUCAAACAAGACUUCGGUCGUCCAGCAACAACCAAAGAUGGCUUCUAAAACGGCCAAAGCUGCUCAGCCUGUUGUCCACAAAGUCAUCAUGGUGGGCAGCGGUGGUGUCGGCAAAUCUGCGCUUACCCUUCAGUUCAUGUACGACGAGUUUGUGGAAGACUAUGAGCCCACCAAAGCGGAUUCGUAUAGGAAAAAGGUGAUGUUGGAUGGCGAGGAGGUGCAGAUCGACAUUCUGGACACGGCCGGUCAGGAGGAUUACGCCGCCAUUCGUGACAACUAUUUUCGUAGCGGCGAAGGUUUCCUUUGCGUCUUUUCCAUUACGGAUGAUGACAGCUUUCAGGCCACGCAGGAAUUCAGGGAACAAAUUUUACGAGUUAAAAAUGACGAAAACAUCUCGUUCCUGUUGGUCGGUAAUAAAUGCGACCUCGGUGAACGGAGAAAGGUGUCGCUGGAAGAAGCUCAAAAUCGCGCUCAGCAAUGGGGAGUGCCUUAUAUCGAGACUUCGGCCAAAACCAGAGAACAUGUUGAUAAGGUGUUUUUCGACUUGAUGCGUGACAUUAGAUCGCGCAAAAUGGAUGAGACGAAAACUAACCCGGGCAAACCCAAACCGGCUAGAAAGAAACUCAAAUGCGCCAUUCUUUAAAGGAAAAAAAAAAAAGGAAGGCUGUGUAAACGAGGGGACAAUUAAAAAAAGGAGAAAUGAAAAGUUGAAAAAAAAAAUCAAGUAAAAAAAAAAACAAGCCAGGCCACACCCAGUCACAUUGUGGAUUGUUCAACGCUCAUAUCGUGCGGUUGAAGGAUUGUGGAGGUUGUUUUUGGCCUUUAUUUCAUACGACUGUAUUCGCUCUAAGAUAAAUUAUUCAUGCAGGUUUUUUUUUUUGUUUUCGCAUCCGGCCUAAUGCCCGCCACUUUGUCCCCAUUGAAUUUCAACAUGCCCACCCCCUCUCAACUCCCCACAGAAAGUAGAACCAAAACUAAUUUGUUGAGCUACAUGUGACUAAGUGUGUACGUAUAUGUAUGGGUGCGCGUGCGUCUGUGUGUGUAUUUCUCGGAUGUGUUCUUUCCUUCCUUGGUUUUUUUUCUCUUUCCUCUCCCAUAUUGUCAUUAUAAAUUCUCCUUCCUGUUAUUCAAGUGAUUUUGUAUUUUUUUUUAAAUUUUUUUGGCUUCAUUUGCAUACUGUUUUCCCCUUCCUUUCCAAUUGACGUAUUCUGGGACGCGGCUGUAAAGGCCGCCGUUGCCAAUGGCAACAUUUCAAAUAGUCUGGCGCUUUCCAUAUCUAUCCAUCUCCCUUUUUUUCUUCUUUGUUGCUUGUAAAACUGACUGUUCACCGUACGUUUGCUGAUGAUUGAAAAUAAGCAAAUGCAAUGUCAAUGAAGUCGUAAAAACCA